AUGCACACUGUGUGGAGUGAUGACUAGUGUGUGCACCCCUGCACCCUCCUGCCACACACAAGCACAAAAUAUAACCGAGUGUGCUUUGGUGAGGGAUAUUCAGGUAAAAGUAUGGUGCGUGAAUGAGCAGGAGAAGAGAAAUUCUCUCUGACGCACCAGUCUUGGGCCGACACUCCCACUAAUUCUCUGUCACUCGUGAAGGAGAGAUCUCGUUUCUGUCCCAGUUUGGACCUCCAAGCCACAGAAAAAAAAUGGGCAACAUGGCAACAGAGAUUGUUGCCUUUAUUCUGACUAUCUCUGGUUGGAUUCUGGUGUCAUCCACCCUGCCUACAGACUACUGGAAGGUGUCCUCUGUGGAUGGGACAGUCAUCACCACAGCUACCUUUUGGUCCAAUUUAUGGAAAACAUGUGUGACUGAUUCCACUGGCGUGUCCAACUGCAAGGACUUUCCUUCAAUGCUGGCCCUCGAUGCCUACAUCCAGGUGUGCCGAGGUCUCAUGAUCGCCUCCGUAUGUCUGGGUUUCUUUGGUGCCAUCUUCGCCUUAGUAGGAAUGAAGUGCACAAAAAUAGGAGGUGCUGAGACCACCAAGGCCCGUCUGACUGUCCUGUCUGGCAUCCACUUCAUUCUGAGUGGCCUAUGCUGCAUCUCUGCAUGCUCCAUAUAUGCACACAGGAUCACAACAGACUUCUUUGACCCUCUCUUUGUUGCUCAGAAGUUCGAACUUGGAGCAGCUCUCUUCAUCGGCUGGGCCGGAUCUGUGCUGUGUAUCCUCGGAGGACUUGUCUUCUGUCUCUCCCUGUCUGAAGGCUUCAGUUUGAGGGCUGAGUACUCUUACAGAGGGUCUGCAUCAUUUGUGACGACGCGCAACAAGCACAUCAAGACAGCCAACAGCCCUCACAAAGAACCAGGGCAGCCGACGAGGCAGUUUGGAAGGAAUGCUUAUGUGUAAAAAUAAAACAGUUUUUUUUGUGUCAAAUGAGUUAUUGUGGAAUUGAUCCUGAAUAGUUUGUGGUCACCAGCUAGUGUUUCAAGACCGACAGCACAAACAUCUAUGAAUAUCUACCUGAAUUUAAAAUGUCAUUAAUGUAAGAGUUUACUCAUCGUAUUGAUUGUAAAUGGCCAAAUGUGACUUGAAUUAUGGUGGAUUUUCUGGAUCAUUUGAAUCAGUGGCCUGUGUGAGAGAGCUUUUUGUUUCAGGAAAUUUGAUUUGGCACAAAACUCUGUUCAAACUCUGGGGUCACCUUCAUCAAGCUCAAUUUUCCUGCCUGUCUAGCAAACACACAUUACAUCUGUUAUAUCAUUUUGGAGACACAGCACAAUCAGCUGUAGAGUUUAAAAAGACAUUUUAAAGCAUUAACAUCAAUUAAAAAGUGCAGGAGGUUUCUGCUACAGCUUUUAUCAUAUGAAUGAAACAGUUUUGUACAUUUUGUGUUUUUAUUUUAUUUACAUGAUUUCUGUAUUUUUCCAUUAAAGGCAACGUCAUUGAA